AUGGUGCACGCGGUCGCUUUACCCGCUCGGCCGGCGAACAAGGCCUCUCGGUCCCCGAGCGCCUCGACCGGUCAUGGCGAUUACCGGCCGAAUAUUCCCGUCUCCUCGACCUCCCACCCGGAUAACCCGGUUCCCGAGGAACCUCGCGGUGUCCGCUCACUGUCAAUCACCGACCGGACCUUCACGGCUACCUCCGUAUCGUCCCAGGACACCACAACCAGCAGCACCAGCAGCGACCCCCAGAGCCCACAGACCCCCGCCACGGAGCCCCCAUCAGAUGAGGACCUCGGCCUGAAGCAGCUUCCGUCGACAGAGACUACCGGGCAUCAGCGCCGGGCGUCGACCGUGCUGAUCUCCCAGAACUCCGAUGACAUGCGGAGAGUUCUGGAGGGUGUCGGUUCCGCGGGUACCCAGAAGAUCCAGCCGCUAUGCUGCGGAGGUGGUUGCUGUCGCAGCCAGCCCUUGAGCCAGACUAUCGGUCCCGUCGUGGGCUCCAAUGGCGUCACCCCCCCGAACAACAAGGCGUACCGGGCUCUCGAGCUGAACGUGGACCUCCUGACCUUGGACAGUCCCCUGACCAACGUCGUCCCUCUCCCUGAAAAGACGGUGACGUUCUCCAAGAUUCCCGCAUCCGCGGUCGAUAUGCAGCUCGGACCGGCGGAUCACCCCCCUCCGUUUGUCCAACCGCACCCCCCCUACGACGUCUACCGUGCCCCCGUUUACCACGCCCGCGAGCUCACCGGGUCGGGCGCGGAAAAGCGCACGUACCACUUUGACAUCGACAUCACCGACUACCCCACCGAGGGAGGCAACGUCGACUUCGUCGUGGGCGGCGCCAUUGGCGUGUGCCCCAUGAACAAGGAGGAGGAAGUGGAGGACAUCUUCAACCAACUGGGCAUUCCCAAGUCUCUGCGCGACAAGAAGGUCAGCAUGCGCACCACCAAAGGCAGAUGGCCCACCAUCUGGGGCGACGACCAGCCCCGUGAGUUGAUCACCACGCGGCGCGAGCUUCUCAACUGGUGCUCCGACAUCCAGAGCUAUGCCCCCACCAAGGACCUCUUCCGCCUGCUGGGCGAAUACGCCAGCGAACCCAACGAGCGACAGAUCCUCAUGUUCCUCGCCUCCGCCCAGGGCCAGGGCGCCUUCUGCGACCUGCGCACCGCAUCCUACGUCACCGUGUCCCAGCUGCUGCACGCCUUCCCGUCCUCGCAGCCGCCCCUGGACCACCUGCUCUCCGUCCUCCACACCCUCAUGCCCCGAUUCUACUCCCUCUCGCAAGACCCCCUACUCUCGCACGCCACCAAGGGCACGCAGAAGCGUCGCCUAGUCGAGGUAGCCGUGACGGUCGCCGAGUCAAGCGACUGGAAGGGGGGCCAACGCACAGGCGUCGGAUCAGGUUUCAUGGAGCGCGUCGCGCGCCAGGUCGUCGACGCCGAGAAGCAAGGCAUCGACCCGUCGACGCUCGACAUCCACAUCCCCAUGUUCCGCGGACUGAUGGCGAACCCGCUAGCCACGCGCUUCGCGUCCGACGGGCCCAUGCUCCUCAUCGGUGCCGGCGUCGGCGUCGCCCCGUUCCGCGGCUUCGUGCAACGCCGUCUGAAGUCGGCCAACUGCGCCAACAAGGUCUGGGUGCUGCAGGGGGUACGUGACUCCCUACUGGACGAGCUCUACCGCGGCGAAUGGGGCGUCGAUGAAGCCAAGGUGCGCACCGUCGUGCAGAGCCGCAAAGGCGAGAGCAAGUACGUGCAGGAAGAAGUGCGCCAUCAGGCUGAUCUCGUCUGGUUCGUUAUCAACGCGCUGGACGGUCGUGUCUUCGUCUGCGGUAGCGGCAAGGGCAUGGGCGAGGGCGUCGAAGCUGCCCUCGUCGACGUCGCCAUGGUCAAAGGGAAUCUGAACGAGGAAGAGGCCAAGCUGUUCUGGAAGAAUAAGAACGAAGCGGGCCAGUAUAUUGCUGAAACCUGGUAA